CGCGCGCGCCGCCGAGGCUCCGCGCGCCGUCGUGCCGGCAGGGCGUCCCUGUGCAGCCUCUGCCACCGAUGGGGGAGGUGGAGCCGGGACCCGCGGGCCCGCUUGAGCCCCCAGAGCCGCCCGAAGCUCCCGCAAGCCGCCGGCCGGGAGGCAUCCGGGUCCUGAAGAGAAAUAUGAAACGCAAUGGGAGUAGAAAUUGUUUGAAUAGGAGGAGUAGGUUUGGUUCUCGAGAAAGAGACUGGCUGAGAGAAGAUGUGAAGAGAGGCUGUGUUUACCUUUAUGGAGCAGACACGACCACUGCCACUACAACCACCACCCCUUCUGUCUCCUCCUCCUCCGACUUACAUCUUGUCCUUUGCACAGUAGACACACCAGCAUCAGAAAUAUGUGCUGGAGAGGGAAAGGAAAGUCUUUAUUUACAGCUUCAUGGAGACCUGGUCAGGAGACUGGAACCUACUGAACGACCUCUUCAGAUUGUUUAUGAUUACUUAUCCAGGCUGGGCUAUGACGAUCCUGUGCGCCUACAGGAGGAAGCAACAAAUCCUGACCUUGGCUGUAUGCUUCGAUUUUAUGGUGAAAAACCAUGCCACAUGGAUCAUCUGGAUCGAAUCCUUCUCUCUGGCAUCUAUAAUGUGCGCAAGGGGAAGACCCAGCUGCAUAAGUGGGCCGAACGCCUAGUUGUUCUCUGUGGCACCUGCCUCAUCGUUUCCUCAGUGAAGGAUUGUCAAACUGGAAAGAUGCACAUUUUGCCUCUGGUUGGGGGAAAGGUAGAAGAAGUGAAGCGACGGCAGUACUCUCUUGCAUUCAGCUCAGCUGGAGCCCAAGCUCAGACCUAUCAUGUCAGCUUUGAGACUUUGACUGAGUACCAGAGAUGGCAACGGCAGGCGUCCAAGGUGGUGUCCCAGCGCAUCAGUACUGUUGAUCUGUCCUGUUACAGCCUUGAGGAGGUUCCUGAGCAUCUCUUCUACAGUCAAGAUAUCACCUACCUCAACCUGCGCCACAACUUCAUGCAAUUAGAAAGACCAGGGGGCCUUGACACUCUCUAUAAAUUUUCUCAGCUGAAGGGCCUGAACUUGUCCCAUAAUAAACUUGGGUUGUUUCCUGUAUUGUUAUGCGAGAUUUCUACCCUGACUGAGCUAAACCUUUCCUGUAAUGGAUUUCACGACCUGCCAAGUCAGAUUGGCAAUCUACUAAAUCUUCAAACUCUCUGUCUUGAUGGCAAUUUUCUGACUACUUUGCCUGAAGAACUGGGAAAUCUGCAACAGCUUUCCUCCCUGGGAAUUUCCUUCAACAACUUUAGUCAAAUUCCUGAGGUUUAUGAGAAACUCAGUAUGUUAGAUAAAGUGGUUAUGGCAGGAAAUCAACUAGAAGUCCUAAACCUCGGGUUGCUGAAUAGGAUGAGCCAUAUCAAACAUGUAGAUUUAAGGAUGAACCAUUUGAAAACCAUGGUUAUUGAAAAUCUGGAAGGAAAUAAAUACAUCACUCACAUGGAUUUGCGGGACAAUCAACUGACUGACUUAGAUCUUAGCUCCUUAUGUAGCUUGGAGCAGCUACAUUGUGAGCGGAACCAACUGAGGGAGCUGACACUCAGUGGCUUCUCCCUUCGAACUCUGUACGCCAAUUCAAACAGGCUGACGACAGUGAAUGUCUAUCCAGUACCCAGUCUUCUCACUUCUCUAGAACUUUCCAGAAACCUGCUGGAGUGUGUCCCUGACUGGGCCUGUGAAGCAAAGAAGCUAGAAAUAUUAGACAUGAGCUAUAAUCUUCUGACAGAGAUUCCUGUGAGAAUUCUUAGUAGCUUGAGUCUUAGAAAACUGAUGUUGGGACACAAUCACGUGCAAAACCUUCCAGUGCUGGUGGAGCACAUCCCUCUUGAGGUGUUGGAUAUUCAGCAUAACCUACUAACCAGGCUGCCGGAUACCCUCUUCUCCAAGGCCUUAAAUCUCAGAUACUUGAAUGCAUCCGCCAAUAGUCUGGAGUCUUUGCCAUCUGCUUGCGCAGGGGAGGAGAGUCUGAGUGCCCUGCAGCUGCUCUAUCUGACCAACAACCUCCUGACUGAUCAGUGUGUGCCCGUCCUGGUUGGGCACCCACACCUGCGAAUCUUGCAUCUAGCAAACAACCAGCUACAGACUUUUCCUGCAAGCAAACUAAAUAAAUUGGAGCAACUGGAGGAAUUGAACCUAAGUGGCAACAAGCUUAAAACCAUCCCCACAACCAUAGCGAACUGCAAAAGGCUGCACACCCUUGUCGCACACUCCAACAACAUCAGCAUUUUCCCAGAAAUACUGCAGUUGCCUCAGAUCCAGUUUGUAGACCUAAGUUGCAAUGACUUGACAGAAAUCCUCAUUCCAGAGGCUCUGCCUGCUACCUUACAAGACCUUGACCUGACUGGAAAUACAAAUCUUGUUCUGGAACAUAAGACACUGGACACAUUUAGCCAUAUCACAACCCUGAAAAUUGAUCAGAAACCUUUGCCAACCACUGAUUCUACAGUUACAUCAACCUUCUGGAGCCAUGGACUGGCUGAGAUGGCAGGGCAGAGAAAUAAGCUGUGUGUAUCAGCUCUAGCUGUGGAUAACUUUGCAGAGGGGGUGGGAGCUGUGUAUGGCGUGUUUGACGGGGACCGAAAUGAGGAGCUCCCUCGCCUACUCCAGUGUACCAUGGCAGAUGUUCUUUUGGAAGAGGUACAGCAGUCAACUCAUGACACAGUUUUCAUGGCUAACACCUUCUUGGUAUCUCACAGGAAAUUAGGCAUGGCUGGUCAGAAGCUGGGCUCCUCUGCUCUCCUUUGUUACAUCCGCCCUGACACUGCCGAUGCAGCAAGUAGUUUUAGCUUGACUGUGGCCAAUGUUGGCACUUGUCAAGCAGUCCUGUGCCGAGGUGGGAAACCAGUGCCCCUCUCUAAAGUCUUCAGCCUGGAACAGGACGCGGAGGAGGCUCAAAGGGUGAAGGACCAAAAAGCCAUCAUAACAGAGGAUAACAAAGUGAAUGGGGUAACCUGUUGUACCCGGAUGCUGGGCUGUACAUACCUCUACCCUUGGAUCCUCCCCAAGCCCCACAUAUCAUCCACUCCACUUACCAUUCAAGAUGAGUUGCUGAUUCUGGGAAACAAAGCAUUGUGGGAACACUUGUCAUAUACAGAAGCUGUGAACGCAGUACGCCAUGUGCAAGACCCAUUAGCAGCUGCCAAGAAGCUGUGCACAUUAGCCCAGAGCUAUGGUUGUCAGGACAAUGUGGGGGCGAUGGUGGUUUAUUUGAACAUUGGUGAGGAAGGCUGCACUUGUGAGAUGAAUGGGCUCAGCCUCCCAGGUCCUGUGGGAUUUGCUUCAACCUCCACCAUCAAGGACCCCCCCAAGCCAACCACUCCUUCCUCCAGUAGUGGUAUUGCCUCUGAGUUCAGCAGCGAGAUGUCCACUUCAGAGGUGAGCAGUGAGGUGGGAUCCACUGCUUCUGAUGAACAUAACACUGUUGGUCUGGAUGCUGGCUUGCUUCCACGGCCAGAGAGGCGCUGCAGCCUCCAUCCAACACCCACCUCGGGGGUUUUUCAGCGCCAGCCUUCUUGUGCGACUUUCUCAAGUAACCAGUCUGACAAUGGCCUGGACAGUGACGAUGACCAGCCCGUUGAAGGGGUCAUAACAAAUGGCAGCAAGGUAGAAGUAGAAGUAGAUAUCCACUGCUGUAGGGGAAGGGAUCUUGAGAACUCGCCCACUCUCACGGAGAAUUUCCCCGCCCCAUGUCCUGAGGAACAUGUGAGAGGAUUAUUUUUUAGGAUCCGAAGACAGAACAGUGUGAAUAGUGGGAUACUUCUGCCAUUGAACAAGGACAAGAUGGAGUUACAGAAGUCUCCCUCCACUUCCUGUCUUUAUGGAAAGAAACUCUCCAAUGGCUCUAUUGUACCCCUAGAAGAUAGCCUGAACCUUAUUGAAGUGGCCACAGAAGCACCCAAGAAGAAAACUGGCUAUUUUGCUGCCCCCACUCAGCUGGAGCCAGAGGAUCAGUUUGUUGUACCUCGUGACCUAGAAGAAGAAGUCAGGGAGCAAAUGAAGCAACACCAGGAAAACAGGCCUGAGCCUGAGCCCAAUGAAGAGGAUCGGACCGAGCUCCCAGAGGAGUUUGACACAGCACUGUAAUCCUCCCCCAGGGUCUCCGCAUGAGGGAAGGCUGUGUAGUGUCGAGGUGGGGGACCCUCCCAGAGGCAUUUUCCCUCUGCAUUUCUAAACCAUAGAUGAGGGAGGAAGAACUCGGAGCCAAAAAUGGUGAGAGCUAUCAGGGGCUCGCUCUGGUUAAGCUAGUCAACACCAUCAGUGUUAAGCUUCACAUUUGACCUGCAUUGGAAUUCCCGGAGUUACUGGGAAGAAAGCAGAUGUUCUCUGUCUGUAUCAGUCCUACCACCUGCCAUUAACCCUUUCUCUCCUAGGAUAAUUUUUGAGAAUUUGCCUGCCUGGGCAGGAAAGGGACUAUUUCUGUGGAGGAAAUAACUGAAGAUGAUUCCUUUUACUGAUUGCUGCUGAUGGAUCUCUGUGACAGAGAAAUCACCUUAUAUCUCAACCUAACUGAUGGGAUGUGAUGUGACUCGUCACAUGGCUUUUCAUUCUUCUCUACGAGAAAACAGCCUAUCGAAAUGAUGUUUAUUGGAAAUGUAGAACCAAUCAAAUAGAUAAUUUAUGUAUGUAAUGUAAUGAGAGCACUUUUCAUUGACUGUGAAGUUUUUAUUUUUGAAUCUGCACUCGAGCCAAUCUCUUUAGAGGCAGCCCAGCACCUUUGUCCACAGGCAGCAUGAUCAUCGUGUGUUGGAGCCUUCUGUGGGUACUAGGAAGGGCCCUGGGAAAUCGAUUGAACAGGUGCAUGUCAGACUGAAAACUCCUUGGGAGAGUAGGAUCUUCUUUUGGGGAUGAAGAUGGAAAAGGAGUGAGGACUAAGACUACUUCCCCCCAAAUCACAAAAAGAGACUAUAACUCCUUGACAAAUGUGACACCUGCUAGGAAUUUCCCAACGGAUCACAAGGGAGGCAUUUGGGGGUUGGCCUCUUUGCAUAACGUGAUGGAGGUGGCUCAGUCUCCUAGUAUGUAGGGCCAAGGCUGAUGCUGCUCAUGUCCAAGUAACCUUGAGUUCCGAUGACCCUGAACAGACUGAGGCUGAAUGAGAACAGAAGGGUGGGUGGAGCUCACAUUUAGACAGGUUCCUUCUCUAGAACCGAGGGAUGGUUCUCUAAAAUGUCACGAGUGAGUUCACCUCUGUAAUGUUUAACAGAGUACUCUUCUGAAAACUGCUUAUCCACCUCACAUGGUUUCAGAGUACUGGGCUCAAUUACUAAUAUAAGAAAGACUUAAUUGAGAAAAGUCCUAAGCUUACAGAAAACCUGGUUUACUGUAUUUUUUGCACAUUCCAUGUAACCCUAGCAAAAUGUAGUUCCCUCCAUAUUUCUGUUCUGUUGCCUUUUCCAUUAGAAGAUUUACUUAGGAAAAUGAGUUCCUAUUUAUUCCUACAAAUUUUGAUAUUGCUUGAUUUUACCCAGUGGGGAAUGUGCUUUGAAUUUCUAGAAUAUUUUCACAAUUAAAAAGAAAAUAGAGUGGGACCAUUUUUAAUUUGUUUCAUGAGAAACAAAAUGUUAAAGAUGGGGUUGAUAUAUACAUAUUUAGGGGUUUUUUGAAGUUUUUUUAAUUUUAAUUUAAUUUUUUUAUUUAUUAGUUUCAGGUGUACAAAACAAUGUAAUAGACAUUUUUUAAAGCAAUAGUAGAAAACCAUAUGAUCUGUCCACAAAUGGUUAUGUAUCUUCAUCUUUUCAAAGGCCCCAUCCCAUGUGCAUGUUUCAGUGGAGUAUACUCUGGGAGGAUUCUAUACCACUCCAAUGGCUGUCUAGUGUUCAACCCCUCAAGAAUCCGAAUUUGAGUUUCCAAAUUGCCAGGAACACUUGACUUCCCUGUGUCAUACUACUGGUCAGCUACUGCAAAAUUUUAGAACUCAGGUCUUGAUUUGAAGUGGGGAACAUAGUGGUUCAAGAAAGUUUUAGGUGCUGUUAGAAAGAUGGGAACAAUAGUGUGUUGCCUUAUUUUUAUACGGGGAAAUGAAAGGAAAAAUGAAAAUGAAGGAAACACCCAAGAUAAUAUUGAUGGGUGAUGUAAAACGUCUUUCCACCCAGACAGCAGAAAAUUUCAGUUACAGAAUAGUGAUGUUGUCUAGAAAAGAAAGUUGUUUUGGGAAUAUACCACUUUAAUAGUAUAGUCUCUUAAAAAUUGUCUCUUAAAAAAUCUGUGAACCCUCUUCUUCUCUUUGUUACCCAUCCUACUUAUUGGACCGCCACAAAACCCAGUUCUGAAAUUACUUUACCAAAAGUAAAUGUAUUUAUUUUUCAGUCAAAGGAACUCUAAAAUUCCAAAUGUUCUUCUAUGUGGUAGAUUUUCAGGAAACACGAGGUUGUAUUGCAAACCUUUAAUAUAGGCUAUACCCAAACUAAUUAUUUUCUUGUAACUUCCUUUAAUUUAUUUUCCUCUAUAAUUGCUCUGUAUUAAAACAGAGGGUUAAAAGGCCAUAGCCCAUUACCAAAAAUAUACAGAAUCUUUUGACCUAUGAGGUCAUUUGUGUGAUUUGAUUAGACUGUCAGGUGGUGAAAGCCAGUAAUCUGUCUCCAGGUGAAUGUAACCUACUUCCUAGGACUUUACCCAGAGGAUGUGUUCCCCAGUGGGCAGAGUACCAUUGAUCUCUAGCCCAGAGAUUCUGGCCUCUGCAUGAUUCUCAGGUCUCUGUGUACCUCCCAUUCAACAGAAAAGUUUAAGAAUUUCUGAAAGAAUCUCUCGCCUGCUUAUGGGUGCAGUUCAGCAGUUCCAUAGAAGAAAGAAAACUACAUGAGUCUUGGCAGCCAUGGUAUUAUUUUUAUCCAAAUGGAUUGGGAAUAUAUUUGAAAUUUUGAAUGUUGGUAUAUCAUAAAGCAACAGUGCUACCAUAGUCAUUGAAUGACCACUCCUAAUAUAAGUGAAAGCUUUAUUACACUACUGUAGAGUAUACGUGUGCAAUAAGUUGAUGAAUUCAUUUUCCUGGUGUAUAGAAGAACCAACAUGAGCAGCUUGGUAAUCAUUGGGUGCUAUUAUAAUUGUAGCGAGUGCUAUUUUUCAGGAGAUGGAGCCAGUUAGUUAGGUUUGGCUGAUCUACUGAAUAUCAAAUGAUGCUCUUUCCAUUGUAGACCUUCAGUGAAAACAGGUACUUGGAAGCCACAGGCUCACCUUCUCUAUCGACUCCAUAAUUAAUGAAGAGACCUCCAUAACGGAGCACUUGGCUGUUAUCGAUAAAUACCAAUUAUUAAAUAAUUAGUCUCUAAGCCAUUCAGUGAUGUCUGCAGCAUCACUAUAGAACUGUCUUGUGUCACUUUUUACUUCUUGCUGGGUGGGGCCUUGCAGACUCCCCCAGUCAUGGAGGCAAGUUAAUCUUUCUCUUCAGUUAGUGACUUUUGCCCCAUAGUUGGGUAAGCACUUCCUAGACUGAGAAAAGCAGCUACAGUAAAUCCUGCUGUUUCCCUCAUUUGGUGAUCAUUCAAUCACA